GGAGGAGGGGCGAGGGGCGAGGGGCGGGCCAGCCCUGCCCGGAUCGGCCGGGCCGGGGCUCCCUCCUUCCCCCAGCCAGGAGUCUUCUGGCUGGGUGCCUGCGCUGGGCUCCCCGCCCCCUGGUAUAAAGGCAGCCUCCUCUGCCUCGGGCCUCCAGAGUGGGGAACUGGCUGCCAGGACCUGACCAUGAGCGCAGAGGCUGCCCCAGCGCCCAUCUUCCAGCCAGGAGAGGAUUGCCGGCCCUCCUGGCAAGAGGCGCCCGCCGGCUACGAUGGGCCUGACACGCACCUGCAGAUCCUGGGCAAGCCGGUGAUGGAGCGCUGGGAGACCCCCUACAUGCACUCGCUGGCCGCCGUGGCCUCCUCCAGAGGGGGACGAGUCCUCGAGGUCGGCUUUGGGAUGGCCAUUGCGGCCAGCAAGGUGCAGGAAGCCAACAUCCAGGAGCACUGGAUCAUUGAAUGCAACGAUGGCGUCUUCCAGCGACUGCAGGAGUGGGCUCAGCGUCAGCCCCACAAGGUUGUCCCCUUGAAAGGCUUAUGGGAAGAGGUGGCGCCCAACCUGCCGGAUGGACAUUUUGAUGGAAUUCUGUAUGACACCUAUCCCCUCUCGGCGGAGACCUGGCAUACUCACCAGUUCAACUUCAUCAAGGCUCAUGCUUUCCGUCUGCUGAAACCCGGCGGCGUCCUCACUUACUGCAACCUCACGUCCUGGGGAGAACUGCUGAAGACCAAGUACACAGAUAUCAAAAAGAUGUUUGAGGAGACCCAGAUUGCAGCCUUGGUGGAGGCAGGGUUCAUGAAGGAGAAUAUCAGCACCACUGUCAUGGACCUGGUGCCCCCUGAGGAAUGCCGCUACUACUCCUUCCCCAAGAUGAUCACCCCCAUGGUCAUCAAACACUGAAGGCUACCCAGCUUCCUCCUCUUCCUAGGCUGACUCUGGAACUGGGACGCUGGGGACUCUCUAGCCUUCCAAGGUCUAGAGAGAACGGUCUGCUCCUACUCCUCCCCUAGCACGAUCACCCCCACAAUCUUUAAACACUGAGGGUUGCCCAGCUUCCUCCUCCUACCAGCCUAACCCAGGGUUGGGAGCACAGGCUAUCCUAGGACUGCUCAGUAGAUCCUGGGCAACCGGAUGCAAGAAGAGAGGGAGAGCAAAUGGUGGGUACCGUGGGACUCUCUAGGUCUGCCUCUUGACUCUUCUGUUCAAUACCACAAACACAUAUUAAUCUGUAUACUAUGGACGGAUCCCAAGGCUCAGGGUUUUUCUGCCUUUUGAUUUGUCUGUCAUCUUAGUCCUUGUAAGUCCUUAUUUGUUUCAUCUGCAAAAUGGGUCUAGACUUGCUUGACAGGAAUUGAUCACCCUCAAAGCUAAUGAAUCAGGCUACCUAAAUGGAAAUUUCUUAUCAAAAAAACCUUUCCAAGAUUGCUUUAAGGAAAUCCAUUUCCCUUUUUUUUAAUGUAUGGUUUAUUAAGUGCCAAUAAUGUGCUCUUUGGUGCUGGAGAAGUAGAGAGAAAUCUAAAGUUUGGCCCUUGCCUUUGAGGGGCUCACAGCCUGUUGGAGACAAGGCAUCGAGGGUGAGUCCAGAUGCCAAAGGCCCAUGGCAGGAUGUUCCCCUAUUAGGGCUUCAAGAGCCAACCUCCGCUUGUUUGGAACUGGAUUUUUGUUAAGUUUGUAGCAGAACUAGGAAGGUUCCCACAGCACCCCUGGAACAGGGACCAAGUUUUUAUCACUCUUGUAUCCUUAGCACUUAGUGCAGUGCCUGAUGCUUAGUCCUUCAUACAUGCUUGUGGACUGAUUAACCUACUUUAAGUUAGGUAGAGCAAAGAUUAUCCCCAUUUAAUAGAUGACAGAGAGACAUUGUGGUGUGGUAGACGGAGCUGGCCUUGGAGCCAGGAAGACCUGAGUUCAAGUCUUAACCCUAAGGCAUACCAACUGUGGUCACUCUGGGCAAGUUACUGAAUCUGGUUGCUCUUGGCAAUGCCUUAAGACUGAGUUGCCAGGAAGCUAGGUGGCUUAGUGGCCUGGACACUAGCGGUCUCUUCCUGGACAAGUCACUUAACCCCCAUUGCCUAGCCCUUACCACUCUUCUGCCUUGGAUCUGAUACUGGGUUUCAAUGCUAGGAUAGGUUAAGGGUUUAAAAAAGACUGAGCUGCUGACCUACAUUGUGCAGAGGAAGUGGAGAGUUCCCUUCAGUCAAUAAAAUCAGAGGUUCAGUUCCCUCUCCUUCUAUAAGUGAAGAAACUGAAAAGUGACUUGUCCACAGUCACUAAAUGACAGCUGGAAUCUGAACUCAGGUCUCUUGAUGUUCUAGGUCUCUCUAGGUCCAGUGCUCUAUCAAACUGAGGCCCAGAGGAUGAGUGAGUCUAGGGCCCAGGCAAGUGCCACUAUACCCUCUUUGUUCCAUUUCAGAGUCUAUUUCCCUGUGUAAGUUCACUUGAAAGCCUUAACUUUGACUACUACGCCAUGAGGCCCCCUUCUAUCCUUUAUUCACAUUUUGGUGCUCUUCUGGGUGCUCUGCUGGGGAACCAGAAGUCCUGUGGGAGGAAGAGAAGGCCUUGCCCACUUCUCAGUUGUAGCAGACAGCCUGCUGCCCAAAUAAUAAUAAAGAAAUUCUGACCUCGGUUGGA